UGCGCAGCCGCGAGGGAGGGAGCGUCGGCGGAAGCGCGCGGGAGGUAACUGGAAGACGAUGAGCGCGGCCGGGCGGGGCGGGCGCCGCUGGGCGCGAGUGUCCCGCUGCACCUCCUUCAGCGCGAGCCACCGGCUGUACAGUAAACAUCUGGGUGAUGAAGAAAAUUUGAAAUUAUUUGGAAAAUGCAGCAAUCCAAACGGCCAUGGACACAAUUACAAAGUUGUGGUGACAGUACAUGGAGAGAUUGAUCCUGUUACAGGAAUGGUUAUAAAUUUGACCGACCUCAAAAAAUAUAUGGAGGAAGCAAUUAUGAAGCCUCUUGAUCAUAAGAAUCUGGAUUUGGAUGUGCCUUACUUUGCAGAUGUUGUAAGCACAACUGAAAAUGUAGCUGUGUGUAUCUGGGAGAACCUCCAGAGAGUACUUCCUGUGGGAGUGCUUUAUAAAGUAAAAGUGUAUGAAACUGACAAUAAUAUAGUGGUCUACAAAGGGGAAUAGGUCUUAGGAUUUGACACUGAGAAAGACCAAUUAAAUUUCUUUCCAUAUUACAAAGAGCCUGUUAUACCUUUACUUUGUGCUCCAGAGUGCCUGAUUUACUGAAAUUCAAGACCUGUUAAAUCUAUUUUAAACAAAACUUUUAAUAUAUCUUGAAUAUCAUUUAGAGAGUCUCUUAUAUGUAGAUUGAAAAUCACUUCAUUUUUGUGAACUGUUUUAAUCGGAAUCAUUUGAAAGCAAAAGAAAUCUAGUUGUUUUUUCUGUUAUUCAUUUUUUUGUGUGUAAUAUAAAUGGUAAAAAUGUUUUAUAACUUAGAGUGGGCAAAUCUUAUAAAAAAUAAAAUUCAGGUGACCACGGAGUCUGGAGACAAUAUAUAUAUUUUUAAUAGAUUGAACUUCCUUGAUUACUUCUUUUCAGGUAUACUAAAUGCACAAAUUCAGUGAAAAUCAGACAUACAAAUCAUUGGUGGCAGUGCAUUGCAGAUGUGGGUACACAGAUUGAUGGGAGUGCUACUUUAGAGCGCAUUGUUAAUUGCAGUUUUCACAGCUUAUUGAACGAUGAAUUGCUAGUGAGGAACAGUAGAUUAAACGUAUCAUGGGGAGUAUAUACAUAAUAAAUUAUUAUGUAUAUGUUUGGGUUUCUAGACCUAUGUUCACCUAAAUAAUUUUAACUUAGAAGACUGUCGAAUAAUCACGUAUUUUAAAACCAGUUAAAAUAGCAUAAAAAGAAUCUACAACUUUGUAAAGAACUUCCUGUAUAUAGUUUUUCCUCAUUGCUCUCAUUUUGUUCUGAUCGCUGAGCCUACCUUCCUAAGUUGAAGCCCCUUGGCAUUUGUCUCUGGGAUAACUAAAUCCACAAGAAUGUAUUUGCUUGCUUUGCACAAAGAACUGUUCUCUCAUGUUCUGAUUUGUAUUCUAAAUUUCUUAAGUGCAGGGUUUUAAUUUUUCCUCCACAUAGCAAGUGAUAAAACAGUAAAUUUCUUGGAACAUUGUUGCCUGAAAAUAACAGAACUUACACAGCGUUUGCUAUUCUAGAAAAAUUUCAAAGGAAGACUUUUAUUUUGGAGAGUUAAUUUCGGCAGUAAUACCAUGCCUACUCAAUUACAUUUUGUGUAUUUUAGUUGUCAAACAUAAUUUUUAUGUUGUCUAUAUAGAAUAUUUUGUAUUAUUUACUUGAAAGACAGGGUAGCUAUUAUUUAUUAAGUCAAUUUAUGUUUUUAUUCUUGCAAAUACCAUGUAAGGUAGGUGUUCUCUUGAAGUUGAUAGACUUUAAGCUACUUAUAUUACUCGGCAAAUAAAUUGCAAACUGAGAGUUUACUACUCAGGGUCUUUUUCACUCCAAAAGAGACUCUUAAAAAGGGGCAAUGUAUAUAUGUUUCCAUAUUUUUUUUAAAAUGCAGAAUUUUGCAGAUCUAAUAGCAUAUUAGAAAAAUGUAUUUUUCAAAGUAACAUUGACAUUCUAGGAGUUUUUUUGUUCACGAGUUGCUUCAAGAGAAUCGUUGUUUCUACUUGGCUAUCCUUAGAAAAGUAAAAAAAUUUUUUUCUUUCUGCUUCUCUCCUCCAGCAAAUGAGUAAGUGAAUGAGUGAUUGAUCGGAAGGACCAAAGAUACAGAGAGACUCCUUACUUUCCCUAGAUUCUUCUAUCACAGACCAUAUCAAGCUACAUUGAACUUAUUUCUUUACCUGUGUGGCUUUUUUUCAUUACUUUGAAUUCCUUAUGGGCAAAGUCUUUAUUCUAACCAGAAUAUCUGAUAAAUAGUACUUAAUACUUUUUUGUUAGAAAAUGAGUGAUGUAUUGGUAGAAACUGUUGAAGUUUUAUAGUGCCUUAUGUACAUAUGGGUACUUGGUAAAUAUUUUUAGAAUUGAAUGACCUGAAAGUUUUGAGGCUUAAAUUCUAGCCAGAGUGCUGUUACUAUUCAGUUGAGUCACAUUCAUCUCUGGACUUCAGUUUCUUAACAUGUAAAAUGAAUCCUUGGACUAGAUGCUUUCUGAAGUUACUUCUACUUUUCUUUUUAUAUCUAGAUGAUUUUAAAUAGCAAGUGAAUGAAUAUCACUGAUUGAGGGAAAGAAAUAGAUCAUUGUGGGGUGGUGAGAUUUGGAAAAAGUUAGUGGAGGAGGUUAAGUCUUGAGUAGAUCCACCAUAAAGUGAUGGAUGGUGUGGAGAGAAUGGUGGGUUGGAACUGAGGAGGAAAGAGAAUGAGUAUUGAAAGGGUAAAAUUUCACGAGUGAAAUUACUGGGGUGAGAAUAUACCAAGUAUAAUUGGGAUUAGUGA